GCCUCCGUGGCGGUUGGAUGUGGUUUCUGUAAUUACGCAUAUCUUUUGAUCGUGGGGACUGCGUACGCGUUGUCCCUGUUUUUCUUUUACCCUUCAUACUACUGGAAAAUGGCGUAUGGACAAAGCUGAAUGCAGUCCGAAGCCAUAUAUUGAACUGAACUGAACCAAGUCGGGGGCGAGAUCUCUUCUUUUUUUCAGUAGUACGAAUGACGGUCACGGGUGAUUUUAUCUCUUAGCAACACGACCGAACAGUCAGUCGCGCAGACCUUUCCUUCAAGGUACAAGCCAGAGACGAAUUUUACAAUUGAAAAGUAAUCCGAGAAGAACUGGCUUCGUGAUGACAUUCAAAAUAUCGAAUACGUGGCACAAUCGAUACACGUAUUUAUCGAAUUUCAUAACAUCAAGAAAAAUAAUCGAUUCUUUAAUGAGGAGAGAAUCGAGCUUCGACUAUCUGUGAUCGAACAUUAAUUUCUAUUCUAUGUGACAAGUGAUGUGUUGUGUGAUAUGAACGAUAUGAACGAAAGAUAUAAAUAGAGAAUUGUUUUCAUCGCUCUAUUAUGUUCAUUUCGUCUGUGUUCCUUAUAAUGUGCUGCAGUUAUUCCUAACGGUAAUUAAUGAUAAUUAUGCUUUGUAUAAGACAUGGCAGAAAUUUUAAUGCUCCGUCGCUGUUCAACAUGCUCCUGAGAACUCUUUCUUUACGUCGCAGCGACAGGAACACGGGUUCUUACAUCAACGCUAAUGGUGAUUCCAUGGAUGAUGUUCAAAGCAAUGUGUUAGAUACCAAUUCUAAUUGGGAGUUGCUAACACCAGAUGGCUUUCGGUUUUAUCUCCCCGGAAGUGUUGGACUUGCAUGGCUAGAUGCUACAAGCACUGCUCAAAUGAAAACUCAAUUCUUUGAAACAUACAGUGGCGAGAAACUAGAGAAACUAGAGAAAUUAUUAAAUAAUAAUAAUAAUAAUAAUAAUAAUAAUAACAAUAGUAAUAAAUACCAAACAAAUGCGAGGAAAUGGAAAACUAUAAAUCCAAUGUUAGAAUGUGUGGCACAAGAGUGUCCUGUUCUCUUGCGAAAAAGUAUUGAGGAAUUAUUUCCUGGAACAGUCUUGGAUCUAACUUCUUCAGACCUCACUAUCAUAACCAUUAGUCAAAAGGCAAAUCGUAAAUCAUUGAAAUGGCGUACCGACUCUGAAAUGGAGAAACUUGCCAAAUACUUUGUUCUAGGAGCUGUGGACAUUUGCCUAAAACUCAAAAUGGAUGGUUUUUGGGCAGACUUUAUCAAUCCUUUCAGUGGACAGCCUUAUUUUACACCUCGAAAAGAUAAUAAUUUAUACAAAACCGACGAGAGAUUUCGUUGCCUAGGAUUUAAAAUAGAACAAAAAAAAAAUUGCCGGGUUAUUGCCUGUGAAAAUAGCUUGAGAACUUUUGUUGGAAGUCUUUACACAACAGCUCCACCCAACACAAAAUUUUUAAAAGAAUUGAUAAUCAACGAUUAAUGCGCGCUAUAUAUACAGAGAAGAACGUUCAGUUUAUACUUACAUAAUCAGUUCUGUAUCGUCGAAGCGUUUUCACGUGUCUAUGCAUAAUUGACUGAACGAUGUCGCCGCAUAAUGCGUAACAUGUGAGUUUUGACUCUGUUUGUAUACAGCAUCGAUGAAUAUUAUAUAUCAUUAUGCUUUCAAUCGAAUGUUCAAUUGAUAGUGUCCAUAAUCUCUUUUGAGUUCGUAAACUGAUCUACGCUUCUUUAAUAAAGAAUAAAUAUUUUACGUUGUAAUGAAACAGGUUGCAGUAUUUGCAAAUUUUAUUUGGUAAAGAUAUACCCUCUUCAAAAAUCACCAUGAAUAGAAUAAAAUAUUUUCUUGCUCAGAUAAUAUAUAUAUAUAUAUAUCUAUAAUAUAAAUUCGUGAGAGACUAUUUAUAAGAGUGUUACUUCUACUAUGAACGUCUGUCAUAUUGUGCCUAGAAUAACAUUAAGUAGUUUAUCAAGAUCGUAAACCUGUAUUUUCAUCACGGAUUCAAUGCCAAACGCGGCCGCUCGAUUGUUAGAUGUCUUGUGUUACUACAUAUAAUCUCGCGUCGAAGGAGAGAUUUACGGAAUCACACGGUCACCUUUUGCGUUCCCCCACACAUACCAGACAUUAGUGGGGAUGUAGACUAUAUAGUAGAGAUUCAAUCGACAUCACAAUUCGUAUAAUUACGAUAACUAACAAUAACUAAGUAAUCACGAUUACGCUUUUGUAAAAGAACGAUGAAAGUGGGUCUUCUAUCGAAGACCCCGCUUUCUCGCGUCUCGUCGGUUAUUAAGGAUAAACUAGAAACUCCAACAAAAACGUAAAUCAACGAAUGUAACACGAAUCUGUAUGCACGUACCUAAUAACUUUGCUCCCUGACUCGAUCGAAUGAAACGUCUGCUAAUUAAAACGGUGCGAUCGUUAAGUGCAGGUCUUAUAAUCGGAACGACGCGUUCUGUUGCAGCAGCGACGAAGAACGUGUGUCAAGUUACAAGUUCGUCUUAACGCGUAGUCGGGCUAAUGACUUACAGAUCAUAGGUAACUUGGUACCACCAGCAGAACGAGCAUUACGUGCUCGCGCGCACUAAUGAGCCGUAAUUGUUACGGUCAUACGCUUAUUGUAUAAAUUAAUAUAUAUAUAUAGUGCUUACUCGCAACACUCUCUCGAGGUAUUACUCUCCGUCGGAUUUCUCUUCUUUCACAAGCAAACCCGAUUGCACCAACUCUGCUAGCGCUAACUACGACUAAUUAAACAUACCUUCCUCUGUU